CCCUUUCAGAUCUUGCACACACACGCGUCCAUUUCACUUCCUCAAGUGUCCUCCCCCUUCUUUACAGUCACUGUGUUCUUCUUUUCCUUGCUCCGACCGGCGUUCAGCCUUCCCUUCCGUCGCUCUCAUUGGCGCCUCGACGAGCAUAUCACUCGACCGCAUACGUACAGCUGACAGUUUACCUCAAAAUCUCGAUCCGAUUAACACGUUAGGGAAUUCGGAAAAACUCGAAACCGUAUUUAUUCGAUUCCUGAUACUCCGUUAACCUGAAUAACGUGAGACAAAAAGUAAAAGAAAUUAGAGACUGUUUUUUUUAUUGACAAAGAAGAAGUGCGACGAAGGAUGGAAGCACACGUUAGAAAUGUGAAUGACAGCAUAAACACUGCACCGACAGAAGCGUACAUGCCUACGUCAAAAGCAUCCUUCACUGUCGAGGAAGAGGACACAUUUGUGACGUUGAUAGUUGUUGUGUUCGGCAUCAUCGUUGCCAUGGUGGUGCUGUUCUCGAUGGGUAUUCUUAUAGACUGCAGACACCAGGCAAAAGAUUCUAUGAAGAGAAAAAAACUGAGACUGAAAAUGCUGCCGUUUGCACGAAGAGGCCGGAAAGAUGACGUGAAAGCCUUAACUUCAAAUAUGUAUCCCAACGGCGUUACUGGGUCCAAGGAGAGGGAUGCUGUAGUUUGA